AUGCCGGGGCCGCGCGGGCUCUGCCUGCUCGCCCUGCUGCUCGCCAGCCCCGCGGCCCCGCGCCCAGAUGGCAGCCUGGAGGCGGCGCCGGGCCCUGCGCGCUCCGGCGGCGCCGCCGCGGACGCUCCUGCGGGCAGCGUGGCCCCGGCGCCCGGCGCGGCCCCGCAGCUCCCGCCGGCCGGCACCACCAACGCCGUCCCCGUGCCGGCAGAGCCCGCGCGCAGCCGCGUCCCGCCGGCGCCGGCCGACGCCAAACCCACGGCGCCCGGGAGGAGGAAGGCGCCGGCCGGGAACAGCGCUGCGCCCAGCGUGACCAGUGGCACCGGGAGCGGCAGCCGCGGCUCCGCGUGGGACGAGGGCCAGGAGACCACCACGUCCACCAUCGUGACCACCACGGUGACCACCAGCGAGCCCAGCCCAGUUGUCUGCAGCAUGAGCUUCUACGAGCCCGAGGGCUACAUCGACUCCACCGACUACCCGCCGCUGCCGCGCCACAGCUUCCUGGAGUGCACCUACAACGUCACCGUCUACACGGGCUACGGGGUGGAGCUGCAGGUGAAGAGCGUGAACCUGUCGGAGGGCGAGGUGCUCUCCAUCCGCGGCGUGGACGCGGGCGCGCUGGUGCUGCUCGCCAACCAGACGCUGCUGGUGGAGGGCCAGGUCAUCCGCAGCCCCACCAACACCAUCUCCGUCUACUUCCGCACCUUCCCGGACGAGGCGCCGGGCACCUUCCAGCUGCACUACCAGGUGUUCAUGCUGAGCUGCAGCUUCCCGCGGAGACCCGACUUCGGCGACGUCACCGUCAUGGACUUGCACUCGGGCGGCAUCGCCCACUUCCACUGCCACCUGGGCUACGAGCUGCAGGGUCCCAGGGUGCUGACGUGUAUCAACGCCUCCAGGCCCCACUGGAGCAGCCCCGAGCCCAUCUGCUCAGCGCCCUGCGGCGGCGCGGUGCACAAUGCCACCAUCGGCCGCGUGCUGUCGCCCAGCUACCCCGCGAACCAGAGCGGCGGCAUGGCCUGCGCGUGGACCAUCGAGGCGCCCCCGGGCCAGAAGCUCCACCUGCACUUCGAGAAGCUGCUGCUGGACGAGAAGGACAGGAUGGUGGUGUACAGCGGCCGCACCAACCGCUCGGCCGUGCUCUACGACUCGCUGCGCGCCGACAGCGUGCCCUUCGAGGGCAUCAUCAGCGACGGCGCCGCCAUCCGCAUCGACUUCGCCGCGGCCGAGCCCGCCGCCGCCACCGCCUUCAACAUCCGCUUCGAAGCCUUUGAGCGCGGUCACUGCUACGAGCCCUACAUCCAGAACGGGAAUUUCACAACCUCCGACCCCACGUACAACCUGGGCACCACGGUGGAGUUCACCUGUGACCCGGGGCACUCCCUGGAGCAGGGCCCCGCCGUCAUCGAGUGCGUCAACAUGCGGGACCCGUACUGGAACGACACCGAGCCGCUGUGCCGAGCCCUGUGCGGCGGGGAGCUGAGCGCUGUGGCGGGGGUGAUCCUGUCCCCCAACUGGCCCGAGCCCUACACCGAGGGAGAGGACUGCAUCUGGAGGGUCCACGUGGGCGAGGAGAAGCGGCUUUUCCUGGACAUCCAGCUCCUCAACAUCACCAACAGUGACAUCCUCACCAUCUAUGACGGGGACGAGCUCAGCGCCCGCGUCCUGGGGCAGUUCGUGGGCAGCAGCGGCCCCCAGAAGCUCUAUUCCUCCAGCCCCGACCUGACCAUCCAGUUCCACUCGGAUCCGGCCGGGCUGGUCUUCGGGAAGGGACAGGGAUUCAUCAUGAACUACGUGGAGGUUUCCCGCAACGACUCCUGCUCGGACCUGCCUGAGAUCCAGAACGGCUGGAAGACCACGUCGCACACGGAGCUGGUGCGGGGCGCCAGGAUCACCUACCAGUGCGACCCGGGCUACGACAUCGUGGGCAGCGACACGCUCACGUGCCAGUGGGACCUCAGCUGGAGCAGCGACCCUCCCUUCUGCGAGAAGAUCAUGUACUGCACGGACCCCGGCGAGGUGGAGCACUCCACGCGCCUCAUCUCCGACCCGGUGCUGCUCGUGGGCACCACCAUCCAGUACACGUGCAACCCGGGCUUCGUGCUGGAGGGCAGCUCCCUGCUCACCUGCUACAGCCGCGAGACCGGGACGCCCAUCUGGACCUCGCGGCUCCCGCACUGCGUCUCCGAGGAGUCCCUGGCCUGCGACAACCCGGGGCUGCCGGAGAACGGCUACCAAAUCCUCUACAAGCGCCUCUACCUGCCGGGAGAGUCGCUCACCUUCAUGUGCUACGAAGGCUUUGAGCUCAUGGGGGAGGUGACCAUCAAGUGCAUCCUGGGCCAGCCCUCCCACUGGAGUGGCCCGCUCCCCAUGUGCAAAGUGAAUCAAGACAGUUUCGAGCACGCGCUGGAAGUAGCAGAAGCCGCUGCGGAGACCUCGCUGGAGGGGGGCAACAUGGCCUUAGCCAUCUUCAUCCCGGUGCUCAUCAUCUCCCUGCUGCUGGGGGGCGCAUACAUCUACGUGACGAGGUGCAGAUACUACUCCAGCCUCCGCCUGCCCCUCAUGUACUCGCACCCGUACAGCCAGAUCACGGUGGAAACGGAGUUCGACAACCCCAUCUAUGAGACAGGGGAAACGCGGGAAUACGAGGUGUCCAUAUAACGGCAGCGAGGAGGGAGCCGCCGGCUGCGAGCUUAACCUGCUCUCUAGACGUUCCUCCGUAACUAACCCAGAGACUGCGUGGAGUUUGGUUGGACCCCGGACCCUCUUGUCUUUCCUUUUGCCUCUUUUCCGAAGGUUUUACUGUUUUCUUCAC